AUACACUACAAGUGGUCGCCCAAGAGCAACAGGGUUUAAAGUAUUCUGAUAAUGGGAACUCAAGGAGCGUUUUAGAGGAGACCGUGGAGAGAGACAUCACAAGGCUUGAACAAGGCGUGGUUGAGAGGACACCAAGAUGGGAAGGAAAGGAGGAUCAGAAGAACAUGAUGAAACCAGUUGCCAAGGUGGAGGAAGCCAAGAAGAGCAUCACUGUGAAACCACCCCUCGGGUUGGAGGGAAUCAAGAAAACAACAGUGAAAACAGCCCCUGGGGUGCAGGGAAACAAGGAGAAAAUGGCAGUGAGACCAGCCCCAGUGGUGGAAGAAGCCAAGGAAAAGGCAACAGUAAAACCAGCUCCCAGGGUGGAAGGACCCAAGGAGAAGGCAACAGCAAGACCAGCCCCAGUGGUGGAAGAAGCCAAGGAAAAGGCAACAGUAAAACCAGCUCCCAGGGUGGAGGGACCUAAGGAGAAGGCAACAGCAAGACCAGCUCCAGUGGUGGAAGAAGCCAAGGAAAAGGCAACAGUAAAACCAGCUCCCAGGGUGGAGGGACCCAAGGAGACAACAGUAAAACCAGCUCCCAGGGUGGAGGGACCUAAGGAGAAGGCAACAGCAAGACCAGCUCCAGUGGUGGAAGAAGCCAAGGAAACGGCAACAGUAAAACCAGCUCCCAGGGUGGAGGGACCUAAGGAGAAGGCAACAGCAAGACCAUCCUCUGCGGUGAAGGGAGCUCAUGAAAACAACACAGCCAAGAACCAAACAAAGCCAAAAGAGCCUCCUACAUCAGUGAAAACUGUAAGACCUGUUCCUCAAACUGCUGCAGUGACAGAAAAGAAGAAACUGAGGGCUGCUGACUUCAAGUCUGAGCCGCAGUGGGAUUUUGAGGACGAGUACCUGCUGGACAGCUCAUCUCCACCACUGACCUGCUCUGAAUCAGUGAAGGCCAAAGCUGCCAAGUCUGACUGGCUGCGAAAUCUUUUCCUGCCCAACAUUAUGCUCUUCACAGACAAGAGAUACUUCAAUGACACUGAGUGGGACCGCCUGGAGCAUUUUGCACCUCCGUUUGGCUUCAUGGAGCUGAAUUAUUCACUGGUGAAGGAGGUCAUGUCCCUGCUACCACCAAAUCCCCACCAGCAGCUGCUCUUGGCCAACAGAAACAGCAGCAUGCCGACAUGCAUCAGCUGUGCUGUUGUGGGAAAUGGAGGAAUAUUGAAUAACUCUGGGAUGGGCCAGGAGAUUGACUCCCAUGACUAUGUCUUCCGGGUGAGCGGGGCUGUAAUCAAAGGCUACGAAAAAGAUGUAGGAACAAAAACCUCCUUUUAUGGAUUCACAGCCUACUCCCUGGAGGCCUCUCUCCUGAUCUUGGGACGCAGAAAUGGGGAAAGGUAAGUCAUGUCCAAGCAUGUCAGAUACAUUCACUUCCUGGAGGGAGCUAGAGACUAUGAGUGGCUGAAGGCUCUUCUGCUGAACAAGGACAUCAGGAAAGGAUUCUUGGACUAUGGGCGGAGGCCCCGGGACAGAUUCAGUGACGAUUUCACAACGGACAGAUACCUGGUGGUUCACCCUGAUUUCCUCAGAUACAUGAAAAACAGGUUUUUAAAAUCUAAAAGUCUGGAAAAGCCCUACUGGCGGCUGUACAGACCCACAACAGGGGCCUUCCUGCUGCUGACUGCCCUCCAUCUCUGCGACCGGGUGAGUGCCUAUGGCUACAUCACGGAGGGUCAUGAGAAGUACUCAGAUCACUACUAUGACAAGGACUGGAAACGUCUGAUUUUCUACACUAACCAUGACUUCAACCUGGAGAAGCAGGUGUGGAAAAAGCUUCAUGAUGAGAAUAUCAUGAAGCUUUACCAGAGAUCCUGA